UUAAUCUUUACUACCCUAGACACUUUUAGAUACAGUCACCAUACAAGAUGCUGAGAUUUGUAUUAUUAGCUGUAUUGUGUUCAGCCUGUUUGGCUAUUAACAGUGAAUUAGAUGGAGAUUGGGUAGCAUAUAAAAAACAAUACAGUAAAAUCUAUAAUCCUCUCUCAGACAAUCUCAGGAGAAUAGUAUGGGAAUCCAAUCUAGAAAUUAUUGAACGUCACAACAAAGAAGCUGAUAAUGGAUUAAAAUCUUACCGUCUUGGUAUGAACCAAUAUGGUGACAUGACUAACGCUGAGUUCGUUGCGAUCAUGAACGGUUAUCGAUCUAGCGAACACAAACCAUCAGGACUGACCUUUGUCAGUGAAACCCCAGUAAAUGAACUGCCAAAAGAAGUCGACUGGAGAAAGAAGGGUUACGUCACUGAAAUCAAAAAUCAGGGUCAAUGUGGUUCAUGCUGGUCUUUCUCUGCCACUGGUUCUCUAGAGGGACAACACUUCAAGAAAACUGGAAAACUUGUAUCUUUAUCAGAACAAAAUAUUAUGGAUUGCUCAAGAAGAGAGGGUAACAUGGGAUGUGAGGGAGGUUUGAUGGAUCAAGCUUUCAAAUAUAUCAAGAAGAACCAUGGUGUUGAUACAGAAGCAUCUUACCCAUACAGAGCUAGAGACGAGAAAUGUCAUUUCAAACGCGCUGAUGUUGGUGCUAACCUGACAUCCCAUGUUGAUGUUAAAAAGGAUAAUGAAGAUGAUCUCCAGAAAGCUGUAGCAGAAGCUGGUCCCGUUUCGGUUGCUAUUGAUGCUAGUCACAACUCUUUCCAACUCUACAAAUCUGGUGUGUAUGAUGAGAAACAGUGCAGUUCUGUCAAUUUAGAUCAUGGUGUUUUGGCUGUAGGAUAUGGUGCCCGGGAAGGCAAAGAUUACUGGCUUGUCAAAAACAGUUGGGGUGAAAGUUGGGGUAUGUCAGGUUACAUCAUGAUGUCAAGGAACAAGAAGAACCAAUGUGGUAUCGCCACCAGUGCUAGCUACCCACUUGUUUAGAUAUCAGACCUGGAAGAAAAUAUGUAAAAUAUUAGAAAUAAAUUAUUUUUUUUUAA